CGGGCUCCGCAAGGUCCGCCUGGGGCCCGUCCGCCUGGCCCCGGGCUCGGGUCGGUGCCGGCCUCCCUUCGGAGCGCCGUCCCUCCCCCCCGUCCCCCCCCCGCCCCCCUCCCGUGGCCCGUGGGGAGGGCGGCCCGGGUCCGUCCCCGCCGGCUCCCGGCCUCACCAUUGUGCCCAAGGGGGGUCCGGAGGCGCGGCCGGCGCUCAGCCGCCUGGUGGGCGGGCGGCGGCGCCUGAUGGCCGCGGCGGCGCUGGGCGUGGUGCUGGUCCUGCUGCUGGUCAUCCUCAUCCCCGUCCUGGUCAGCUCGGCGGGGCCGUCCGCCCGCUACGAGAUGCUGGGCACCUGCCGCAUGGUGUGCGACCCCUACGCGCCCACCCGGCCUCCGGGGGCGGCGGGAGGGUCCGUGUCCGGGUCCGGGGUGGCCCCGACGGCCGAGCUGGGGCCGGGGCCGCGGCCGGCGCUGCCCACCUUCCUGCAGGGCCCCCGGGGCGAGGCCGGCAGGCCGGGCAAGGCCGGCCCCCGCGGGCCGCCGGGCGAGCCGGGCCCCCCGGGCCCCGCGGGGCCCCCGGGCGGCAGGGGCGAGCCGGGCCGCCCGGGCGCGCCGGGCGCGCCGGGCUCUCCGGGCUCCCCGGGCUCCCCGGGCUCCCCGGGCUCCCCGGGCCCCAGCGCGGCGGGGGCCAUCAGCGCGGCCACCUACAGCACGGCCGUGCCCCGGAUCGCCUUCUACGCGGGCCUGAAGCGGCAGCACGAGGGCUACGAGGUGCUGCGCUUCGACGACGUGGUCACCAACCUGGGCAACCACUACGACCCGGGCUCCGGCCGCUUCACCUGCUCCAUCCCGGGCAUCUACUUCUUCACCUACCACGUGCUCAUGCGGGGCGGCGACGGCACCAGCAUGUGGGCCGACCUCUGCAAGAACAACCAGGUCCGGGCCAGCGCGAUCGCUCAGGAUGCCGAUCAGAACUAUGACUACGCCAGUAACAGCGUGGUCCUUCAUUUGGAACCGGGAGAUGAAGUCUACAUAAAAUUAGAUGGCGGAAAAGCACACGGAGGAAACAACAACAAAUACAGCACAUUUUCUGGAUUUAUUAUUUAUGCGGACUGACGGCUCAGAAACUAAGCUUAUCCCUCGGAGUCCGGGCGUUGGAUUCGUUUGGCUGCUGUCGACGAAUCGAGAAUCCCAGCGGAGAUCGACUGUGGGGCACCUCGAGCUGUGUUUGGGGGUGGGGGUGGGGGGGGCGUUCAAAUGCUACCUGGCUCGCAUCUGUACCACUCGGAAAACCUUAUGUUUAAAAAAAAAAUUAAAAGCAAGAUAAGCAGAUGUGUGGUCCACUACCGCCAAAGCAAAUACUCCUUAUUGUCGGUAUCCCUGUGAAUGAAGUCCUAUCUAGAUCACGGUUUUUAUAGAAAAAUCUACGACAAUGAAUUAUAUAUACAUAAAAAUAUAUAUAUAGAUACAUAUAUAUGACACUUUGGUGUACGACGAUCUUGCAUCUUUUAUCCAUAUGCCGGCUUUGGUUCUGUGAGUUACCUGCGUAGGCUAUUUGGAGUCCGCUCAGUAUAACGUGGUGAGGACUGAUUUUCUGCUCAAAGGGAAGGUGUGAUGGAAAUAUGCUGCUUCUCUCCAAAGGAAUUCUUUGCCUCGGAUUUUAUUGCAAUUUUUACCCCCACACCAGCUUAAAGCCUUAAUCUAGAGCUAGAAUUGACUCUCUACCAUAGACGUCCAUCGGAAUUUGGGAUUUUCUGAAUCUGGGGAAGAUGACUAAGAAUUCUAGUAUAUUCUGACAUGCUAUCUCUUCUCCCCUUUCAGAUCGUAAUCUUCCAAAAACAAAAACAGAAAGCGAGCCGUAAGAAAAAAAGAACAUAUGUAGAUCAUUUCCUACCUAUAGAGUUGCUUGUCUAUUUUGUAGAUACUUGCUGGUUUCAUUUUAGUAAUCUAGAGUUAAAAACACACACACACAAGAAACCCUUGGGUACAAAUCCAGGUUGUGUUUUGUUUUUUUUUUUUUUUUUAGACAGUGAUUAUUCCUGACCAACACACAACAGCCAAAUGGACGGAGAUGCUUUCAGACCGUUACUUCCAGCUUGGAGGACAUAGCUAUGACCAGACAACACUCACGUUUCCAAAUACGGCACCGGGAUUCGAAAAUGUAAUUUUAUCACCCACUAAAAAUGCAUGUGUUUUCGUGCGUACACAAAGAUGAACUUAGGUCAGUGUACGGAAUUACAUUUUUUUAAUUUAAAAAGAUGACCUGGAUCAUCUGGGAAUGAAAAAAGGAAUCGCUCUUCAAGAAAUGACCAUUGUUUGGAACUGGCAAGGGAAAAGCAUUUCCUAUAGAAGUGUCCCAACUUUCGUCGUAGGGGAAAAUUUUUACUAGGCCAGAAAAUGCCCCGCUAGCCCAUUCAAAUCUACCAUAAACUGUGGGACGCACUGGAGAAGCAGUGUGGCUGGGGGAAUAAUGUGGGUCUGGGAAGCAGGCGGUUGGCUUCUAAUCCUGGCUCUGCCACCUGCUUACCGUGUGACCGUGGGCCUGUCACCUAUCCUCUCUGCACCUCAGUCUCCACAUCUGUAAAAUCUGGAUCGGAUACCCAUUCUCCCCACGUGGAGACAGGGAUGGCGUCCGACUCGAUGAUCUUGUAUCUACCCCAGGAUUCAGUACAACGCCUGGCACUUUAUGAGUGUUGAGGACCCCCAUUAUGAUUAUGAGGGUAAUUGGUGCAGGAUAUAAAGAGGAACCUCCUGUUGUGGGUAUCCCAUAUGCUUAAGCCAGCAAUCGGUUCUAAAAUUCGUCCGUGCGCCGAAGCCCAUCUGUCCCGUAGACUUGGAGGGUACUAAGCCUAGCUUUUCUGGUUAGUGCAUUUUGCCAAAAAAGCCACUUCUUUAAUCUGCCGGGUGAGCUCAACGUGAUGUGAAACGGCACUUUCCCACAAAGGUAAAAGAUCUAUUCUCCCGCCCUUGACUUGGAAGACGGUUCGUCAGAUACAGUUCUGAAACAGAAUUUAAAGCGAUUUAAAACGCGAGUCGCCCCCAUAGAGGGAAGAUUCUCCUUUUUGGGUAGUUAGUUUCAAAACUGAAGGGCCCCAUCAACUCAUUCAUUCAUUCAUUCAAUCGUAUUUAUUGAGUGCCUACUGUGUGCACAGCACUGUACUAAGCGUUU